GGACAGUUGUAGCCCCCGACGAGUGAGGACAGAGAAGAAAAGGAGAAAAACAAGGAGAAGAAAAGAAGGAAGAGAGAAGAAGGGGAGAGAGAAUACCACGUCUCUGGGCUGGGGAGCCAGGCUAUGUGCAGGCAGCCCAAGUUGGAGGAGGGCUUCUGACUUUUGACGUUCCCUGUGGGGUUGCCCUCUUGCCUCUGAAGCAAGGGAAGAAGGGAAGGGCAUCAGUUCCUCUAAGGAAUGAAAACUCUCACUCCUGGAACCCUCUCCUUCCUCUUCUUCUGGACCCUCCAAGAGCAGGUCCUACCCAGGUUGGUUUCGGGGAAAGAGGAAGUCAAAUCUGCCUCCAAGAACAUUCCUCAGCCCAUGUCACCCUCUGACUUCCUGGACAAGCUCAUGGGAAGAACUUCCGGAUACGAUGCUAGGAUUCGGCCCAAUUUUAAAGGGCCACCUGUGAAUGUGACUUGCAACAUCUUUAUCAACAGCUUCAGUUCUGUCACAGAAACCACAAUGGAUUACAGAGUGAAUGUCUUCCUCCGGCAGCAGUGGAACGACCCCCGCCUAGCGUAUCUGGAAUACCCAGAUGAUUCCCUGGACUUAGAUCCUUCCAUGCUCGACUCCAUCUGGAAGCCAGACCUAUUCUUUGCCAAUGAGAAGGGUGCCAAUUUCCACGAAGUGACCACUGACAACAAGUUGCUUCGGAUCUUCAAGAAUGGAAGUGUGCUCUAUAGUAUCAGGCUAACUCUGGUCUUGUCCUGCCCGAUGGACCUCAAGAACUUCCCCAUGGACAUCCAGACGUGCACAAUGCAGCUGGAAAGCUUUGGUUACACUAUGAAUGACCUUGUGUUUGAGUGGCUGGAAGAUGCCCCAGCUGUGCAAGUGGCUGAGGGGCUGACUCUGCCCCAGUUUAUCCUGCGGGAUGAAAAGGAUCUUGGCUACUGCACCAAAUAUUACAACACAGGAAAAUUUACCUGCAUAGAGGUGAAGUUCCACUUGGAGCGCCAGAUGGGCUACUAUUUGAUCCAAAUGUACAUCCCUAGUCUGCUCAUCGUCAUCCUGUCCUGGGUCUCUUUCUGGAUCAACAUGGACGCCGCCCCUGCCCGGGUGGGCUUAGGUAUCACGACGGUAUUGACGAUGACGACCCAGAGUUCAGGCUCCCGGGCUUCUUUACCUAAGGUGUCCUACGUGAAGGCGAUUGAUAUCUGGAUGGCAGUCUGUCUGCUGUUUGUCUUUGCUGCCCUGCUGGAAUACGCCGCCGUGAACUUUGUCUCCCGCCAACAUAAGGAGUUCAUACGCCUUCGAAGGAGGCAGAGGCGCCAGCAUAUGGAGGAAGAGGUCAUCCGAGAGAGUCGAUUCUAUUUCCGGGGCUAUGGCCUGGGCCACUGCCUGCAGGUCAGGGAUGGAGGUCCCAUGGAAGGCCCAGGUAUUUAUAGCACCUCACCCCCAGUCCCUCUCCUGAGGGAGGGGGAGACGGUACGGAAGCAUUACGUGGACAGGGCCAAACGAAUUGAUACCAUCUCCCGUGCGAUCUUCCCUUUCACGUUCCUCAUCUUCAAUAUCUUUUACUGGGUUGUCUACAAAGUUCUGCGAUCAGAGGACAUCCACCAAGCGCCAUGAUAAGAGCAGGGGACUCCCGAGGAAGCCUCCAGGAAGGGAGUGAGGCUGUCACCCUCCUUCGGCCUGCAUCAGAACUUGGACAGUUCUUGACCUCCCAUCCAGAGUACCCAACUUCCAGCCUCCCAGCUACAUGGGUGUAUGUUGCUGUUGCAUGGGGACAAAAGUGGCUGUACUUCUAGAGAAGGCUUAUGUAUUCAAAUCCAACCAAGCUCCGACCUCACUCAUGCUGUUCUAAAGUUAGGGUCUGCCAUUUUCCUGGGGCUUCUUUCUCUUCCAAACACUCAUCUUCCAACACUCCAUUAAGGGGGUUACUCAGGUCCCUGAUGCUAAAAUCUAUAGGUUUGGUUAUUUCAGCCCAGUCUACUUUCACUCCAGCAUGACCUCAUAGGGAUACUGUGCCCUCUUUUCUUAUCACCUGAAUGUGGAGCAUCCUACCCAUUCGAAAGCAUGGAAACUAACAGUGUGUCCAUCCAUAUUUGCUGCCCUUCAUGGC